UCGGGUUCCACGUGAGCGCCUACGUUUCUUCUCAAAACCAACGAUGCCGCCGGAGCGAAGGAACCGAAUGAAAUCGAACCGGAGUACCAGAGGGAAGCCACACCAGAAGACUCCAAUGAUGCCAAAACAGAGACUCGGAGCAAGGCCGGCCGGCCCGGCCCCAAAGGGUGCCCCUUCAUCCCAGCGGAAACCGCCGGCCCGGCCAGGCGCGGCGACCGCUACAAUCGCAGUCGCAAUAGAGGAGGAGAGGCGGCUCCGGCUGCAGAACCGUCUUGCGUUGGAGGAGGACAAACCGGACGUAGAACGGUGCCUGGAGGAGCUGGUGUUCGGCGACGCCGAGGAUGAUGGGGAUGCGCUGCUGCGACGUCUUCGGGGCCCGCGGAUUCAAGUACAUGAGGAGUCUGAUGACUCGGAAUUGGAGAACGAAGCAAAAGAUAAUUUCCCCCCUCAAAAGAGACCAGUUUGGGUGGAUGAAGAAGAUGAAAUUGAGGAAAUGGUUGACAUGAUGAACAAUCGGUUUCGGAAAGAUAUGAUGAAAAAUGCUAGUGAAAGUAAACUUUCGAAAGACAAGCUUCAGAAAAGACUUAAAGAAGAAUUUCAGCAUGCUAUGGGGGGAGUACCUGCUUGGGCAGAGACACAUAGGCGGAAAAAAUCUUCAGACGAUGAAAGCGAAGAGGAUGAAGAUGACUUGUUGCAGAGGACUGGGAAUUUCAUAUCCACAUCAACUUCUCUUCCAAAAGGAAUCUUGAAGAUGAAGAACUGCCAAAAUGCUAAUGCUGAACGUCCUACUAGUGCUCGCAUCUCGUCUGUGCAGUUCCAUCCUGGUGCUCAAGUUGUGAUGGUUGCUGGGUUAGACAAUGCUGUUUCACUAUUUCAGGUUGAUGGAAAAACAAAUCCUAAGAUCCAGAGCAUCUAUUUGGAGAAGUUUCCAGUCUUUAAGGCUUGUUUUAGUGCUAAUGGAGAAGAGGUUUUAGCCACAAGUACUCACAGCAAAGUCCUUUAUGUCUAUGAUAUGUUGGCAGGAAAGUUAAUUCCUGUGCAUCAAGUGAGAGGUUUGAAAGAGAAAAUAGUGAGGAGCUUCGAAGUCUCUCCAGAUGGGUCCUUCUUGCUCAUAAAUGGUGUUGCUGGAUAUUUUCACUUACUAUCAAUGAAGACUAAAGAACUGAUUGGUAGCAUGAAAAUUAAUGGAAGGGUUGCAGCAUCCACGUUCUCGUCAGAUAGUAAGAAAAUAUAUGCCUCAUCAGGGGAUGGGGAAGUUUACGUUUGGGAUGUGAAUUCUAGGAAGUGCCUUAACAGAUUUGCUGAUGAAGGCAGUUUAUAUGGAUUAAGCAUUGCUACAUCGAGGAAUGGACAGUAUGUGGCUUGUGGUUCUAAUUGUGGAGUGGUAAACAUAUAUAAUCAAGAUUCUUGUCUCCAAGAACCAAAUCCAAAGCCGAUAAAAGCGAUAAUGAACUUGGUUACAGGUGUUACUUCUCUGACCUUCAAUCCUACUACAGAAAUCUUGGCAAUUGCUUCAGACAAAAUGAAACAAGCAGUCAGACUGGUUCAUCUUCCUUCUUGUACAGUAUUUUCAAACUUUCCAGUUGUUAGAAGGAAGACUAUUUCUUGUGUUCAAACUAUGGAUUUUUCUCCCAGAAGUGGAUAUUUUGCCUUGGGCAAUGAGAAGGGCAGUGCCCUGAUGUAUCGGUUGCAUCAUUACUCAGACUUCUAGAGAGAUUAUUUGAAGU